AUGCUGCCCGCCGCCCGCCUGCCGCUGCCCCGGGCCCUGCCGCUGCCCCGGGCCCUGCCGCGGCCCCGGGCCCUGCCCUGCCGCCCGCCGCACGCCUGGCGCUGGGCCGGGCCGCGGGCGCUGUGCACGGGCUGCGCUCGGCGCUCGGAGGCGCUGGCCGGGGCGCCGCUGGACACGGCCGCCAAGGAGUAUUCGCCCAAGGUGCGGCAGCUGGUGCGGGACAUCGCGGGGCUGACGCUGCUGGAGGUGGCCGACCUCAACGCGCUCCUCAAGGAGACGCUGAAGAUCCCGGACGUGGGGGUGAUGCCGGUGGCGGCGGCCGCGUCCCUCCAGCCCGCCCAGGCGGCUCCGCAGGAGGAGGAGGAGGCCAUCCCGCUCAAGAAGGAGAAAACACAUUUCACCGUCCGCCUGACUGAUCUGAAAGCUGCUGAUAAGGUGAAGCUGAUCAAGGAGGUGAAGAACUUCGUGCCUGGAGUGAACCUCGUGCAGGCAAAGAAGCUGGUGGAGUCCCUUCCGCAGGAGAUCAAGGCCAACGCUUCAAAGGAGGAAGCAGAGAAGAUCAAAGCAGCACUGGAGGCAGCAGGAGGGACUGUAGUGCUGGAGUAGCAACCUCUGUCUCACCACGAAGGGACUGACACAGCCGCAGCCCUGCCCGUGUUACCGGGCAGGCGCCGGACAUUUCCAAGCACGAGACGCCCCCCUCCGAAACGCUCCCCAGAAGCGAUCCCAUGCGGUUUGGUGGGGUCUCGUUUCCGACAUCGCCACGAACUCUGGUAAAUGUCAGGAGAAAAAGAAAACACACCCCCUUCCUUGAUGAAGUGGUUUGAA